AUGGACAUCUGCCCGAUCGACAGUCUCGAUGCCCUCUGGAAAUGGGAAAACCGAACGGAUGUGGAUCAUGAAUACACGGAAAAAUUAGUGAAUUUCAAGUAGGGUCGCUCCCGAUUCAAAGUCACCGUUCCGUGCAUUUCAGACCUCGUUCGGGUCCCCAAGUGCUCGUUUGCCACGAUAUGAAAGGAGGGUAUUUGGAGGAGGAAAUGAACGGCGGAAAGCAGUUCGAGGAGGGAAAGUAUCCGUACAUGAUGCUCAACUGGUGGCAAAUAGACAUUUUCAACUACUUUUCCCAUCAUUUUGUGACGAUUCCGCCGGCAGAAUACACGAGAAUUUCUCAUCAACACGGUGAGGAACGUCUUCAGAAAAACGCAAUUCUCGCUCUGUAGGUGUCCUUUCUCUUGGCACUUUCAUCACUGAAUGGAUUCCGGGCAAAGAGAUUUGUGCGAUGAUUUUGGAGAGUGAGGAAUCCGUGGAGAAGACAGUGAAUUGCUUGGUCGCCGUGGCAAACCACUUUGGAUUCGACGGAUGGCUCAUCAACAUCGAGAAUGAAAUCGACGAAAAGAAGAUUGAAUUGCUGCUCAGAUUCUGCUCCAGUUUGACGAAGAAAUCAAGAGAGUCCAAUGAGAACUCUCGCGUGAUCUGGUACGAUUCGGUCCUUCACAACGGGAAACUUCACUGGCAGAAUGCAUUGAAUGCCGAAAACUGGUAACAUCUCCAUUGAUUCUUCCUCGAAUUCCUCCGAAUUCCAGUCGAUUCUACGAUGCCUGCGACGCCAUUUACCUCAACUACAACUGGACCGACGGAGAUUUGUUCCGUUCCGCCGAAUUCGGCCGUCUCGAUCGGAUCUUCGUCGGGAUCGAUGUGUGGGCGCGCGGAUGCGUCGGCGAGUUCCACUGCCACGAAUCAUUCGCCCUCGCCAAACUGUUCCACAUUUCUGUCGCUCUGUUCGCACCCGGAUGGAUCUACGAAAAGUUUCCCGAUGAGAAUCAGAUAGUAAUGGGAAUUCGGUUCGCUUCGAUCAUAAAUAAUACUUACUAUCCAGGGGCGUGCUUUCAGGUUCUGGGAGAAGCUGAAGCCUCACAUUCGGACACGUCCCCUCACUUCUGCCAAUUUCUCCACCAACUUCUGCUCAGGAAUGGAAGAGAACUGGAGAUUCCGGUUGAGUUCACUCGAGCUGCAGCCUCAGCAUCUCAGCGCUUUCUGCCAUCCGAUUGUCGGGAAAGGCGUCGUUUUGUUCGGAGGAAACCGGAUAUUUCCGUAAGUUUCAUCUACAGUUCACGUAAGAAUGUGCAGGUUUUCAGGCUGUUCACAUUCGAUUCGAUACCAUGUGGUGAAAUUGAAAUCAUUUGCGAAUCGGACAAUGCGAUCAACGUUUUGUGGAAUCACAAUGAAAUUGCUGGGAAGACUGGAGAGCAUACGUGGAUUAUCAGUCAGUCGGGGACGAUUGAAUCCAUUAAAAUUCAAACUGCGAAUCACGACAAAACCGUCAUCCGCCGCUUCUCAGUUUCUUGUUUCAACUCGAAAUCAUAA